GGCCGGAAUAAUGUUAAAUGUCAAAACGCGGGAGAAUAAAGUUACAGCUGUUCCCCAAGCGCCGCCGCCGCCGCUUAUACUUUUUUUUGUUUUUUCUUAUACUUAACCCCUAAACCCCUCGUCUUUAAAGACGUCCGGCGUUCUCUCCUUCCCAGGGUUUAAGCGGGAGAGAGAAGAGAGACUGUUGUUCAUCUCUAGGGUUAGGGCUUUUUCUAUAAAUCCAUCAUCAAUUUCUCAAUUCAACUCAAGAAAUAAUGUCUUUCUGGGGUGUUGAAAUCAAACCAGCAAAACCCUUCACUCUUCCACAAGGAAGGAUUCAAAUUACUCAGGCGACAUUGGGCACACCGGGGGUUUUAACAAAGAGAAGUGUGGUUCAGUGCAAUAUUGGUGACAAAAGUCCUGUCUUAAUAUGUGCAUUAUUGCCAGAGACGUCAGAAUCUUUGGCUUUAAAUCUUCAAUUUGAUGAGGAAGAUGAAGUGACUUUCUCAGUUCUUGGUCCACGAAGUGUUCACCUUACUGGGUUAUAUUUCGGGAGUGGGAGUGGUAAGCGUGAACGUGAUGACGAUGAUUCUGAUUCUUAUGGGCAAGAUAUUGCUGAUACUGAUAACGAGGACGAUCAGUCUGCUGAUAUUGUUGAUGAUGGUGAAUUUGAUGACUUCAUUGAUGACGGUGAUACUGAAAUGAUGCCACCAUCGAAAGGCCAUAAGAGUGCUGUGGCAAUUGAGGACACAGAUGACGUCGGGAAGCCUUUAAAUAGGAAAGGGGGCCGCAGACGUCUUAAGAAAAAGUACCAAUUAAACGACUCAGGUGUUGAUGAUGAAGAAGAGCUUGUUAUCAAGGAUCAGGCUCGUUGCAAAGCUCCUGAGAAUGAAGAUGAAGAUACCGUUUCAAUUUCUCAUAUAAUCAACAAAAAAGACACCGCUGAAAGCAAAGAAGUAGCUAAUUGUAUUGAAAUACAACUAGCUAAAGAAAGCAGGGAGGGGAACGGUAGCAAUGAUCCUGGAACAUGCCAAAAAUUGAAUCAGGAGGGCAAUGUCCAAGUUAGCAUAGCAGAACAGACAUCUGAACCACCGAAAGAUUCCUCCACCCCAUCUACUGAUAUUGGGCAAGAAAGCAAUCUCAAGGCAAAGAAGAAAAAGAAAAGGAGUCGUGGUGAAGAUGGGGAUGCAAAGUCUGAACACAUGGAUAUCGAGGGGCAACUUACUGACAAGACUACCAAUUCUGCUGGUCAUGUCACCUAUCAAGAUAAUGGCGAGCUGAAGAAAAAGAAAAAGAAGAUAAAUAGAAGCCUCGGUGAAGAUGGAGCAAAGACUAAAACCAUAAUUCAAGAUUGCACAGGAGAUGCAAAUGAGGAGGAGCAACCUAGUGACAAGUUGUUUGAACCAUCUAAAGAUUCAUCUAUGCCAUCUUCUGAUGUUGGGCUAGAAAGUGAUGUGAUGCCCAAGAAAAAGAAAAGAAGGAUCAUCCGUGGUGGCGAUGGAGAUGCUAAGAGUGAAAACAUGGAUCUGGAUCAUGUUGCAGUCAAACCUGAGGAGGUGCAACCUACGGGCAAGCUAGAAAUUACACCCAAGAAAAAGCACAGAAGGAAUCACGGUGGAAAUGGAGAUGCAAAGAGUAAAAACCUUGAUGAGAAUCUUGUUGGAGUCGAACCUGAGGAGGAACAACCUACUGACAAGACUACCAAUUCUGUUGGUGAUGUCACCGGUCAAGAUAAUGGCGAGCUGAAGAAAAAGAAAAAGAAGAAAAAAACCCAAAAGAGUUCUCAAACCCAGAGUGAAACUCAACAGAUGGUUUAGAAGCUAGAACUAAAUUAUUACUAGAAAAGGCCUUACACUUUUCUUUUCUUUUUUUGUAUAUGCCCAUUGAAGGUCAUUUAACCCCAGCUUAAAAAAAUCGAACUCUAUAUCAAUCUACUUCUAUCAUUCUCUUUGAAAUUGUUAUCAUGUGUGGUUAUGGUUUAUACUGUAUUUCUAGCAGUUGUAUAAGCAACUUUGUUGCCUUUCAUGGGUACACACAAUGUUACUUAAAC